CUAUCAUGGAUGUACGCACUCAAAUGCUGUGUCGCUAUCAAGUCCCACCACCCGGAAUGGAAACCAUACAUAUUAAUACAUAACUACAUAGUACAUAUUAUCCAUGCACGUACAUAGUAGUAUGUAUGUACUGUACUAGGUUAGGUAGUUAGGUGGAGUGGGGUGGAGAGCUGCAAGUACUUGUCUGAUACUUCCACAGCUCCCUUUUAUGGGCCUGAUCCCGUCGUACCUGAAGUGUUUCUUCGAACCUUCUGUAAAUGGCUUUCUUCGCCCGCCCUUUUUUUGGCUUCUUCCAUGUCUUCCCGUCGCAAGCUAGUCUGUUACUGUCUGCAACUAAUAACUAUGCAUUAGGUACUUUUUGGAGCUUAGGGGACAUUAUGUAUUAUACCAAAGACAUCUACUCCCGAAUCUUCAAGAAUAGGCCAGCAAAUAUGAAAAAGCGUAAAACAAAACAGAAGACGAAGAAAUAAAAAGAAUGUUGUGAAUAGUGUUGUGAAUAAUGUUGUUAUUGUUGGUAAGAUGAUCUGACGUUACGGCGACGCCGUCCUAUUCGGCCCCAGUCGAAGACAAAUAUGGUACAGUCAAAGAUUGGGCAAUACGCACAGUCGCCGCCACCGCGGAGACGAACAGUAAAAGAGUGUGUUGCUGCUGCUGCUGCUGCUG